CAAAGGUCAGACGUGUACGUGCUUUCUACGACUCAUAUGAACACGUUCCACACGGAGCCUAAGCGAAUCAAGAGUUGCCUUUCUUCGGUAGUACCCGGAUUUGCCCGUGGGGAAAAUAGCUACGUCAUUGUUCACCGACGGACUACCCCGCUUGAAAUAAGAAAUGGACCUACACGAAUAAUACAUUUGUGAAAAAAUACAGCAAUGAACAAUGACCAUAGUUGACAGAUCUUCAGAGAAAUCUGACCACGAGUCAGUCGGGUGCAAGCGCUCCGGAUCGCUGACCUUCCCCGGCGGCGACGGGAACGGGAUGGACGGCGGGUGCUCCAACUGGGGGGCGGGGGGUCCCUCAUCCUCCGACACCCCCAGGGUGAAGACCGGGGGCUGCGUGGGCCCAACCCCUGGAGCCACUGUCUACAGCAGCAGUGCUGCCAUCACCGCAGACAGGCCCAAGGAGCAAGUGGUGCUGACCAGUGGGGACGGCAUCGCCUUGCCCCAGAAGGUGCUGUUCCCGGCCGAGCGGCUCAGCCUGAAGUGGAACCAGGUCAACCGCAUCGGAUCAGGUCUCCAGAACCUGGGCAAUACCUGCUUCCUCAACUCGGCUCUGCAGUGUCUCACCUACACUGCUCCCCUCAGUAACUACAUGCUGUCCCGGGAGCACUCUAAAACGUGUCAUGAGCCUGGAUUCUGUAUGAUGUGCACCAUGCAGAAUCACAUCACCCAGGUCUUUGCCAACUCUGGGAAUGUCAUCAAGCCCAUCGGAGUCCUCAAUGAGCUCAAACGGAUUGCAAAGCAUUUCCGUUUUGGUAGCCAAGAGGACGCCCAUGAGUUCCUGCGGUACACAGUGGAUGCUAUGCAAAAGUCCUGCCUGCCCGGAAGCAAAUUGGACAGGCAAACACAGGCAACCAGUUUCAUCCAUCAAGUCUUUGGAGGGUAUCUAAGGUCCAGAGUAAAAUGUUUAAACUGCAAAGCAGUCUCUGACACGUUUGACCCUUAUUUGGAUGUCGCUUUGGAAAUCAAGACUGCUCCCAGUAUCACCAAAGCACUGGAGCAGUUUGUUAAGCCUGAGCAGCUAGAUGGAGAGAAUGCCUACAAAUGCACUAAGUGUAAGAAGAUGGUUCCAGCCUCUAAGAGAUUCACCAUCCACCGCAGCUCCAAUGUGCUCACCAUCUCACUGAAGCGCUUCGCCAACUACAACGGGGGCAAGAUCGCUAAGGACGUGAGGUAUCCUGAGUGCCUGGACCUGCGUCCCUUCAUGUCUCAGUCCCACGGGGAGCCCCAGGUCUAUGUGCUCUAUGCUGUCCUGGUGCACUCUGGCUUCAGCUGCCACGCUGGACACUACUACUGCUACGUCAAGGCUAGCAACGGCCAGUGGCACCAGAUGAAUGACUCCUCUGUAUCAGUCAGUGACAUCAGAUCAGUCCUCAACCAGCAGGCGUACGUCCUCUUCUAUAUCAGGUCACCUGAUCUGAAGAACGGAGGGGACUACAACCACAUGAGUCAGCCCCCUGGACAGUCGUCCCCCCGCCCCAUCCUCACACCCCGGGUCAACAUUGGGCCACGACACACCAACACUUGCUUCAUAGGACCACAGCUGCCCCCACACAUGGCCAAGAACACCUUUCACAAUGGGAACGGCUCCCUAAGGGACUUCCCCUCUGGCUCUAAGCCCAGCAGUGGGAGCAGCAGCAUGGGCAAGACUAGCUACGGCCUGCUCUCCUCUUCUUCCUCUUCCUCUCAUUCUCUAAGCUGUCCUACAGGUAUCCCUGACACUGCCAAGCGUCAGAAGCUCUCCUUCUUCAUCGGUCAGGGCAAACAGAUCCGCUCCUCCUCUUACGCCCAGCCGUCCUCCUGUUCUUCGUCACAGACUACCUCAGACAUGUCCGCGCCGCGGGCUCCUUGCAUAAACGGUACACCCUCCGUUAACGGAAACGGUCAUGGAGCCUCAUUCCUGGUGCCGUAUGGCCAGGAGUCAUCGGAGGAGUCUGACCAGGAGGGAGGCAGCGGUCUGGAGAACGGCACAACCAAGCCUCACGUUAAUGGGAGGAAGGGAGGGCCCAUCCCCAGAGUGCUGGCCCUCAAGCCCAACGGCAUCAGUAACGGCCAGGCCACCAUGCACCAUAACGGGUCUGGGACAAACGGCUCCUCCAAACUCAGCCAGAUCGGACAUCAGAAUGGACACCACAAAGUUAAUGGCAUCAAACACCCGGAGAAGGUCAACGGUCAUGUACUGUCUCCUGGGUUGGGUCCCAGCAUUUCUAAUGGGGUGGAGUCUCACCACAGUGGCCCAAGCAAAGAGGUGUAUAGUGCCAUCCCCAGCCAGGACAGCCCGUCUCAGAGCCUCCACAGUGCCGACAGAGAUAGCCACCUCUCCCCAACCCCAGAGAAAAGGACAACAACUCACUCUGACCCCCUCCCUCACCACCCACCAUCAACCACUGCUAACCCGCCAUCCUCAUUGGCCGAUGUUGGCGCUAAGCCACCUACUGACACCAUGAGGGAAUCCAGCUCCACCUCCAACCCUGGGGCCUUACCCCUCCAGCCCACCCCCCACUCCCUCAGAACCCUAGUCUCUCCAGCCUUCUCCCAGCCCCUCUCUGGACCAGGCCUGGGGACCACAGAAGGCCUCGGCGCACCACACAGCAGAUCUGGGGAGAACGUCAGGGAGACUGAGAACAGCCCAGCAGCAGGGCUGGAUGGACGGCUGGACGGCAAGCCCAGCUCCAGAGAGGGAAGAGACCGGAUGUAUUCUUCUGAUCGGGAUAAGGGGAGAGACCGACUAUAUUCUUCGGACCGCGAUAAGGAUGGAGACCGGCUGUACUCUUCUGACCGGGAUAAAGACGGAGAAAGGAAUGGGUACCACCGUGACAUGAGCCGUGAACGCAACUGGGACCGUGACUCAGACCGCUAUCGACACCGGCGGGACCACAGAGAUCGAGAACACCACCGAGACCGAGAACACCACCGGUCGUACCGUGAUCGCUCGGCCAGCCGGGACAGACACUGGGAGUCAGAGCGUCGCUGGGAGAGGAACGCCUACCACCCCAGGGACAGGGACCGCUGCCACCACCACUACCACAGACCCAGAGAGAACAAGGAGAGGGACAGGAGGGAGCACAGCCUCCCCCACAGAGAGGAGCCUCACGGACGCUCCAGGUAGGGGGAGAGGGGUGACCGUAAGGACAGGGGUGAUGGUAAGAGGGGUUACUACCCUUCACAGGAGGAGACCCCCCUGCCCACCCCACUAAGCUCCAACACCAAACCCAGUCAGCCCCCCACUAGCCCAGACCUCUCCCCAGCCAGACCAGCUCUGGAGAAACGACCCGAUCCUCUGAGAGAGGACAGCGUUGAGGAGCGUCGGGCCAAGAAACACAAGAAGAGCAAGAAGAAGAAGUCCAAGGACAAAGCUAGGCGUCGAGAGAAUGGGACCUCUGAUGUGGAUUCCUCUGACAGGGCUGCCGAUGGCAGCAGGUCCUCCAAACACAAGAAGAAGAAGAAGAGGAGGCACGACACUGACAUGGAGGACGAGAAGUCCCGCUCUACCCAGAGUUCCGAGGGGCACCGUGACCCCAACGCCCCCCGGGAGAGUCGCAGGGCGAGCAGCAGUGACGAGGAGAGGGCGAGCAGGAAGCGACGUUACCAGGACGAUGAUGGCUCUGACAAUAGCUACCCCGAGAAACACCAUCGCUCCGAUGACGAUGACAACAAAGACCGCUUCUUCUCUCGCAAUAUAUCGCCGACAGCCACCUCUCACAACGCAUCGCACCACCACCUCAACGGGCACACAGGUAAUGGCUUCAGUCGACCCAAUGGAAACUCCCACGGAUGUUCUACCAAUGGACUGUACAAUGAAUGACAUUAGAUUUUCUCUGUUUGACCAGAGAAACAGAACAAUACUUGGAAUACUGUAAAAUUCAACCUUUAUGGAAAAGUGAAAUGCAACAGGAAUGUCAUCCCGAAUAUUUGAACGUGGUGCUGAAUUACUGGGAAUAUACUGUAUUUUUACCACACAAAUGUUUUAAAGAUUCUACCAGAUUCUUUUUUUUUUUAAAGUUUUUUUUCUUUUUUCUAAUUCAUUCGGUAGACACUUGUCACUCAAUGGACAUUUAUGAAAAAUAAUUAAUAUAUACACGUUGUAAACAAAAAAGAAGCCUGGAGCUUAACCAUCUCAACUGCUGCUUAGUGGAAGACUCAGGAUUUGUUAAAAUUAGACUUUUUCCUCCUCAGUGAACUGACCACUUGGUUAAAUAAUCGAACGACUAUUGUUGUUGCCUAGGAGAUGACCUGUUUGAUAUGACUUCAGUUGGCUGCAAGUUUGUCACCAUUAUCCACAUAUCUGUAUAGCUGGAGUUGUUGGUAAAAAAAAGAAAAUGGAGGGAAACGUUAUGGAGGAGUGAGGACCGUGUGGAAGAGUGAUCUGGCGGUGGUGACUACGUGUGCACUUACCACCACAUCUACUCUGAUCGACAUAAGGACAUUGCCAGCUCUUUGUUGCUUUCAAUUACUUUUUAAAAUUCUCUUAAGCCUACAAUUCUUUCUCUCAACACGUCACUGGAGAAGAUUCCCUCCCUCUGCAUCCCUCUCUUCACUCACUUUCACUGAGAUAGAAAUUAUAUCCUUAACUCAUUCAAGGAUUUAAAAAUCAUAAUAAUAAUCAUGUUAUCUUAUGGCUGUGGACCUGUUUUUUUUUAUUUUAUUGUGUCCAAAAGAAUACUGUGAAUUUAAUUUUGAACUGUACUAUCAGUUAUUUUUUUAUACAUUAAAACGGUCCUGUAUCAGGAAUUCCAAUGUAGAAUUUGUUUUUUUGUUUUAGAAUUCCCAUGACAUAAUUUAGACUGUGUUCUAUGGACAUAAGUCAGUAGAAUGGUAUGAUCUGCUUUUGGUCUGUUUGGAUGGCUUUGUUUUCUACCUAAAAAAAAAGACCAAAACAUGUAAAUGGUUGUUAAUACAUUUCUAGUUCUACAAUAGCAUGUCAAAUUUAUACAUUGUACAAGGUAUAUAAAACGCCUUAAUACAUUUAAUGUCAUUUAUUUUUUUGGGAGUGAAUGCUGUUGAUUGAUUGGGGAUGUACACACAGAUGGUGAAAAGUUUCUGCCAUUUUAUUGGAAGGAGUAAUUUGUCUGACUUUUGGUAAAAAAGAUUGCAUAUGAGUGAUUGUUUAAUUGGUUGCUUGGAUAGACAGAAACACUUUGGAUUUAGGGCUAACAGUGGUUAGGUAAUUUUUCAUAUUGUUUCCAGGUUACACAAUGAUAGUGUGGGAGUUCAAAACAGGACCUGUGUACUAAUGUCCACAUACAAUAGACCGUGUGGAAGCUAUAAUCUAAAGAAUAUAUGGCUGGGUAGGUAUCAGACUGGUCAGUUACACAGGAGAAGAUCUGGUAUUUUUACUCAAAAUUCUCAUAACAUUAAGGCUGCUGUAACAUUUUGAGAUUCUCUUGGAACUUUACAAAAGUUGUGUAAAAGCUCAUCUGUCUCACAACGGUGCGAUUUAGAUCCAAACCUGAUCUAUUCAAACUUUUUCGCUGAAGUGUUACACUUGGCACUCUAGAAAUUGAGGUCAUUUCCAAUUGAGCUGACAUAUGCAGCGUUUACCGUGAAUGCAGUUUCUGCUAACGCGGGAACAUUGAAAUGUAUUGGCAAUCACGCUGUAACGCUGACUUCUACGAUACAGAGUGAAAAGAGCCAUUCGUUUUCACCUUGACACCUUCCAAUGUAAAAACCAGCUGGCUUGGCUGCUACAUUUAUCUGUUUCUUUUAGAAAUAUGAGAAGUUGUUUUUCUUCAUUUGCUCUGUGGAGUUGGAGUUGAGGGUUUCUUCCACUGCAGUAUGUAAUCUGUAAUGCUCAUUGCUCAAAUUUGAAAUGUGAACAAACGGGUGUAGGCUAGCCAUAACUUUUUACAUGCUACAGAAAAAAACUAUGUACAGUACAUAUAAUGUCAAGGGGAAUACACUUUUGUAAUUAGAGAAAAUAAAUAUGAAAAACAAAUGUA